GGGGGCGGGGAUUGGCGUUAGGUCCGCUAUUAGGCGGGCUUGUCCUUGCUGGUGUUUGGGCUCCUGCUUGUUGUGGGGCCAGUGGGGUCCCCCUACAGACCACGUGAACAUGGGAGGCCUCUGGCCGUGGGUGCUUGGUCUACUCUCUUUGCCAGGUAAGUGGGCUGCCUCGCCCUUCUCUUCUCGAGUUUUGGGUCCAGCCACAGAGUGUGGGUAGAGGCGAGAAGGAGUUCUCCUGGCAUGCCAGGCUUGCCCAGUCUGAGUCCAUUUUCCAGAGGUCUGGGCUGGGAAGGGAGGCACGGGGCAGGGUCCAGGCUAGCCCGCACUGCCUUCGGUGUGGGUGUCUGAGGUCUGUCCCCGCCUCCCUUCUGCUCCCUCCCCUACCCCAUACCCACAGAUACUCAGAGCCCAGUGUUGGCCCCCUCAAAGGAGCACCUUCCUCAAGGCUGUCUAGCUCUUGUCACCAGCUGGGACUGAGGGGGGGCCAGGAGGUCUUCCGGGACUACUUUCUGGAGGCCUGCUUUCCCUGAAGGGCCUGGCUCUGGCUGGCUGACCCCCUCCACCCCCCACUCCCAUGUGCUAUUGUCCUCUCUCACCAAUGAGGGCGCUUCGGGCAUCAUGGGUAUGCACCUGUCCGGGCCAGGUUUGAUCCUAGGAGCGCCCUCAGCCUGCAGCUCCCAAGAAGCCUGUGGAACCAGCUUCUCAGACGGCCUCAACCCUGAAGAGACCCAGACAUCCUGGGACAAGGACAUCCCUGCGAUUAACCAAGGGCUCAUCCCAGAGGAAACCCCGGAGAGCAGCUUCCUCCUGGAGGGGGAUAUCCUUCGGCCAGUGAGUAGUCCCUUCCGGCUGUUCUCGGCGAGCAGCAACAGGUGGCCUAAGAACGGGGGGUUUGUGGAGGUCCCCUUCCUGCUCUCCAGCAAGUACGAUAAACGCAGCCGCGAGGUCCUCCUGAAGGCAUUUGCCGAAUUUGAGCGCCUCACGUGCAUCAGGUUUGUCGCCUACCAGGGCCAGAGAGACUUCAUUUCCAUCAUUCCCAUGUCUGGAUGUUUCUCCAGUGUGGGACGCAGUGGAGGGAUGCAGGUGGUGUCCCUGGCACCUCCCUGUCUCCGGAAAGGCCCAGGCAUUGUCCUACAUGAGCUCAUGCAUGUGCUGGGGUUCUGGCAUGAGCACUCACGGGCUGAUCGGGACCGCUAUAUUCGUAUCCACUGGAACGAGGUCCUCCCAGGCUUUGAAAUCAACUUCAUCAAAUCUCGGAGCAGCAACAUGCUGAUGCCCUAUGACUACACAUCAGUGAUGCACUACGGGAGGUUUGCCUUCAGCCGCCGUGGGCUGCCCACCAUCACACCGAUCUGGGCUCCCAAUGUUCACAUUGGCCAGCGAUGGAACCUGAGCACCUCGGACAUCACACGGGUCCUCAGGCUCUAUGACUGCAGCCCAAGUGGCCAAGGCCCCCGUGGGGGAGGGUUCCAGCCCCACAGCGAUGGUAGGAGCCCUACUCCUGCCUCUAGACCAUACCUGCAGCGGCUUCUGAAGGUGUUGUUGGCAGAAUCUGGGAGCCCCGACACCGGUGCCCCCAAGGCUGGAGCCCUGCAUGUUGCUGCAGGGCCCGGAGAGAGCCCACGUAGCUGGGAGCGCCCUGCGCCAAGGAAGUUCGCUAUGCGGGCAUCUGCAGGGCUGCUUCAGACCCCAGCUUCCUCCCUGAACUCCAGGCCUGGAGCAGGUGUUCCUGGUAUUGCUCUAGAUACGUCCUGGCUGGCCCGUGUGCCCUCUGUACCCCCAACCGCGGCUCCAGAAGCAGAAGACCAGCUAGUGCCUAUCCAGGAUGCUUUGGGGACCCCAGAUCUGCCAGGAACACAUGUACCUGAAAGUCCUUUCAGGGGGAUGCCAGGAGGUCGAGCCUGUGGCUUCUGUCCCCAAGGGGGAAGGGCAUCCUCAGUCUCGAAGAGCUGGGUUGUGUAACCCCUGGCCUUCCCGGCCAGUACCUGCUCUUCCAGCCCCAAGAUGGCUCCCCUGUCUGAGGCCUAGGACUCUCCCUCUGCCCCUUCCUUCCCCAUAUGUUCUCCUGAGGGUUCCUCGGGACAAAGGGGACUCCUAGGUCCGUCGGGGGCGGGGGUGGGUGGGUAGGCAGGCCUAGAGGCUGCUGGGAAGGGGAGACGAUACUCUCCAGGGCUCUGGAACCCCAGGGGUCUGGAGAGGUGGGGCAGAGGCAGGUUCCAGCCCUGAAGGCCCCUGGGCAUCCUCCCCUGGGUGAGUCCCAGCCCCCCCAGCAUGCUCAGGCACUGCCACCUCUCUCAGGCCAGGACUUGGGGAUCCUGUGGCUGGGACCCUGGGGCCGGCCUCCCAUCCCUGGUGUUUGGUGUUAGGAAUAUUACCCUGCAGCUGCGGCCUCCAGCUCGGCUCCCCAGGGGGCUUUCAGCUUGCUCCCCUGCAGUGCAGGGGUGGGGGCUUCAGCACCAGGAAUGCUAUCCCAGGGAUGUUGAGGAAGGGUUGGAGGCCUCCAGCACUGCACAGCGGGGAAACAGCAAGAACAGGAGGCCCUGACCACACGACUCCAAGCUCUUCUCCACCUUGCUUUGCUAUUCCCAGGAGCCUUCCCCUCUCUCUCUCCCCAUCAGCCAGGGACUUGAUCAGCGGAGGUCCUGGAAGAUGGGAAGGGGCUGGGGAGGUGGGGAGGGGGUGGUCAACCUGCUUUUCUUCCUUCACCAAAGCCCUAGCCUUACCUCCUGGCUUGCUGUGUGAAGGCUUAUAGGCCAGGAGCCCCCCCCCCCUCCCCCCCCCAGUCCUGGAGAGGCACUAUUCUGGUGGCCUGUUGGAAGCCCUGCUUGGAGUAGGAGGGAAGUAGGAGCCUGGGUCCGGGCCCCGUGGGGCCAAGCACCUCAGACGUUCUGGGGGACGGCACAAAUAAAAUUGGGUAUUUGCUCCAGGAACCAGGUACUGGGCUAUGCAUGAGUGCGUUUAACCCUGCCGACUGAUGCGGGAGGGGCCCUGGGGGGCUCACACCCUCUUCCCUGGGGCAGAGAGGGACUUGGCAGCAGAGGGGCAUGGCUGAGGGAGCAGCCCCGCAGGGCUGAGGCUUGCCGUGUUUCAGGGCUGGGGAGAGCUUGGCCUUUGCCUGCCUCCUGGACCCAGUCAGGGGACAUGAGGGCAUGCUCCUGGGAGGCCGGAGCUUCUGCCCUGGGUCCAUCUUGCAUCUGGGAUUUUCUCAGACUGAGCAGGGGCCUAGUCUCAGGCAUUAGCAUCAGGGAAGGAUCAUGGGUUGGGGAACAUGGUCCCUCUGUUUGCCCCCAGACAGGAGAGGACGAUUGGCUGAGCGAGCUUAGAGUGAGGGAGGAGAGCCUCGGCCCCAUUUCUACGGGGUGGGUGGGGGGAAGCAGGCGGCGUUCCUCUGGGAGGUAAGAUCAUGAGCGUACAUAGUACCCCCAUUUAUCAGAGGAAAGAGUGUGAUCGCCUUACCACCUAUGGGUCUCUCUAAGUAGUGGAACCAGGCCUCUGGUGCUGGGUUGGGGUUUCUUAGUGGUCACACGAAGUCAGAGCGGGGGGAGUGCUUUCUGCCCUGUGAGGCCCUCCCAGCUCUCAGAGGCUGCCUGUCAUUAGCCUCCGUUAGAAUGUGGCUUUUAGAUUCUCCAGAAUUUGGGUUCUGCAGGUGGGGCUGGCCGAGCCUGGGGGCUCAAGGGGAAGAGUGCUUUCCCCCUCUUCUUUGGGGGUGACCAGGGCCGAGGCCGUCCUUGUCCUUACCCCGUGAGGACAGGGUCACUACAGACCCUGUUUCCCAGGCUUAUUCCACAAGCCCCACCCUGUCCCCGUGGUCCAGCCUCGGCUCAGCCCCUGAAGCCUUGGCAUGGGCUGUGUGCUGUGGAUGGGGCACUGGCUGUUAAGCAGCUGGUGGCUAGCCACCCAUCCCAGGGUCCGUGGCCUAUUCCCUAAUCCCCAACUAUAUAACUAUGUGGCCUCACUCAUCAAUUUAUUCGCUCAUUCAACAGAAUCUGUUGAAUUAGGUGCCAGGCUGGCUUGGCUAUAGGAACUGGGAAUAACAAGGUGAGCAAGGCAGGGUUCCCAUUCUCAUGGAGUUUAUUUGGGGGUAGACAAAGGAUGGACAGUAAAUAGGUAAAAGAAGUCAUCAGGGAUUUAGAAAUGAUGGGGGAGGAGGACAUUCUUUUUAGGAUGCUGGCAUUUCCAUUGGGACCCAAAUGAUAGAGACUGCUCUGUGAAAAAUCCAAGGAAAUAGGCAGUGCAAAGGCCCUGAGGCAGGAGGGAGUUAAGGUGUGAGUGGAGGGAUGAAGUGAGGUGGGGCAGUGGGGAGGUUGGCAGGGCAGGGGUUGAGAGGGAUGGUUUUAUUCCAAGAGCAACAGGGAGCAGCUGCUGGAGGAUUCUAAGGAGGGGGGAGUGAUAAGAUCUAAGCUUUUAGAAAUCAUCCUGGAUGCUCCGUGGAGAGUAGACCGGCAGCAGGGAGGCCAGGUGGAAGGCACUACAGUUGUGCAAGCCCGAGCGAUGGGGCUGUGGAAGGGGCAGAGUGGAUGCUUUAGGAGCAUGCUUCGGCAGUUGAGGCAACUGCACUUGCUAUUGGCUGCAGGGGCUUCCCAUACAGCACGGAGACCUCAGGGGAGGUAAGGGAGUGUGUGGGCUGAAUGAGCCUGGGGUUCAGGGCGGGAGACGGACUUCGGGGAGUCCUCAGCAUCUGGUUGGGAGCUAGGGGGCUGGAUGAAGUUACAAAGAGUUUGGGUUCCGAAGAAAAGGGACCCCAGGACUGAACGGGGGUGCUGCGACAUUAGGGCAGCGCUAUUAGUGUUUUGUGCCUCAUAAUUGUUUGUUGCGGGGCUGUCCUGUACUUUGUAAGAUGUUUAGCAGCAUCCUUGGCCUCUACCCACUAGACGGCAGUAGCAACCCCCUCCCUCCCGUUGUGACGGUCAAGAAUGUCUCCAGGUGCCAAUUGCCAAAUGUCCCUGGGGGAGAAGGGGCAAAAAAAAAAAAAAAAAAAAAAAAACGUUCAGUGAGACUUGGUGAUUGGGAGUUCGGGGGAGAAAAGGAGGCCGAGAAGAAGGGUGACCUCGAACCUGCAGUGUUCUCAGGGGAGGGGGCAGUCUGUGGUCUAAAGUGUUGCUGAGAAAUUAGGAGGACACGCUUGGUGGCAUGGAGUCACGAAUGACCCACCAGGAAUAGAUUCAGUGGAGGUCGGGGUACAGAUACCCAACGGAGGGUUAAGGAGAGAGUGUGAAGGGUUAGAGACGGUGCAGUGAUAGUUGGAGACAGUUGCAGGUGGCACAGGAGGCCUGGGGGCGGGGCUGGCCCUGGAUCCGGGGAGGAUUGCAGCAGCAGGGUCCGUAGGACAGGAGAGGGCUUGGGAUACAUGCAGAGGGCUUGCCCUCCCAGCAGAGCUGGAGCUCAGGUGAGUGAGUUCGGGGUGAGUUCCUGCCUGAGGGCUUUCAUCUUCUAAGUUAGAGGCAAAGUCAUGGCUUGGAGUGGAGGAGGGUGUGUGGGUGAGGAGGAUGAGCGGGACACCGAUUCUGAAGGGGGGGAAAGGUGAGCACACGAGGCAAGUCUGGGCAUUUGUGGUUAUGGCUUUAAAGCGAGGACAGUCGAUGCAGGGAGCGUUUUGCUCCGGAAGGAGCAGCUGUUCUGCCAAAAGCUGGGUGGAUGAUUUAGGUCCGCCCAGGAUCGGGGUUUUGUCAGGUGAGGUGGGAUGGAGGAGGGUGGGGCGGCGGACUUGCAUAUGGAAGGCAUGACUCAAGGGUGUGGGGAGGCUGGGGCCUACAGGGUGGUGUGAGGAUAGGGUCCCAGGGAUUUGAAAGGCUGGGGCUUCUGGGGAGAGCUGGGGUGUGAAGCCCAGUUGGGCCUCAUCCCCGUGGAGCCCUGGCAUGGGAGAAUCUGGCGCCACUCUUGGCUCUCAGGUCUGGACAAGUGGCUCCAGGGCUUUCAACUAAGGGGCAUAUCUCGUGCUGUGAUCUCACAGCCAGGGAUGGGACCACUGUCCCUGUGUCUUUGGAAAAGAUGGUACUAGGUCACCUCCCCCCACCCCUUUCCAAGGGCAUCCUUUGGGGACACCUUCAUUUUAGGACACUACCUGAGAGAGGCUCAUGUAUGUCAUCCACUGAUGCCAGGCUGCCCCCCCCAUCAUUCAGCAAUCUUGGCCAAUAUUGGGGACGGAAAAGGGAUGUGUGCUCAAGGGGCGGGGGGUGGGGGGAGUGAUGCAGCAAACCCAUCUGCCGGCAUCUCAGUACAUCUCCGAGUGCGAACGUGGUACUAUGUACAUGGCAUCAAAGAACGUGGAAAGCAGGGUACCUCUUUCUCCCUGGAGGGGCGGUGGGUGAGAGGUGAACGGACCUUGGAGGGGGGGGGCCCACCAAGCACCUGGGAAGGACUGGAGAUAUGGGAGCUCAGGGCAUGUCCAGGGAUCAACAGGUAGCCUGGUGGGGCCAGGACGGUGGGCCAGUGCCCAUCACGGGCUUCCUCUCCUGCCGCAGGUGGCUGGGGAGGCCCUAAGGCACCUCCUGCUGCUGGUGGGUCCGGGUCUGGGUCUGGGAUUGAAUUCUGCCAGCCUGGUGGAAUGCAGGGACAGUGGAAGGUCAGCUCUAGUCUGGGGAAGGCUGAUGCUAUGGCCCGAGGCUCGGAUUUAUGCAGGGCUGGCUGGAGUGGGCAGCACUGAAGGGUGUAUGUGGGGGUGGGGGACAGAGAGCUGAAGAGAGGAGUGGAAAUCUACUUACGUGAUGGCUUCUGCUGCCCCAAGGGCCAGCUGCACAUCUGGGAGGCCGGGCUGGUAGGUGGCAGCAGGGGGCACAGACCCUCAGGUUGUGGCUGAGCCUCACAGGUGCCUGGAGGCUCUCCUGGCUGCCCCCAUCUGGGCUUGGGCCUGGUAGGGCAUGACACUUGGUAGAUCCAGAGCUGGCUGCCCCUUCGGGGAAGGCCCAAGUGGAGGGAAGGGGCAGGGGGGAGAGAGCGAGCAGCCCUGGCCGCAGCUCCUUCGGGGUCCUGGUGCCUUUCAAGGAAAACUCGGGCCAGGAAACAAAGGGCUGAUGCUGAUUGCAGUGUCUGGGGAGAUAGCCCCUGGCCCCCCAGUGUGAGUAUGGUUGGAGAAGGUGAAAGAGUGGUCCCUCAGUCCUUCCUCAGGGAAGGGGCUAUUGAGACGUCUCCAUCUCUGGCAACCACAGGCCCAGGCUCAGCCCAGCCAGAGGGUGGGGGAUGCAUCCAUAAAACCUGUCUCUGGAGGGGCUGUCCUGUCCCACCAUCAGGCUGUGGCACUCAGACUUCACAAAGGCACUAAGGAUGGCAGGAGGCAGGGACAGCCCUGGAUUGAGGAACCCUUCCACCCCUGCUGUGUGAGCCUGGGUAGGGGUAAGUCACUGUGGGCACUGAGAGGUCAUUCCCUGGUCCCAUGAAGAUGGAGCAGGCAGGAAGGUCCAGUAUGCACACUGUCUCAAGGCCGGGCCUUUUGGAGGAGCCCUACUUUCAGGGGUGGCUUGAUGCUUAUUUAUACAGAGGAUGUCAUGCAGAGCCACGGGCUAUAAAUACAAGGCCUGGCUCUAGGCUGGGGUUAUAAUAUCAGGGGCUCCAGGAGUGGCGAAAAAAUGUGCUCUUGAGGCUGCCCAGGCGGACACUGGUGGCAGUGGCCACAGGGAGAGUGAGUAGGGCUGAGGGUGUCUGAGGGGGAGCCUAUCACUG